ACAAAAUAUUGAGAUAAAAUCAGCCUUAUUAAGACCGAUUAGCGAUGCCUGUCGCAUUUUAUGCGACUUAUACCAACUUGAGACCAAGAGGAGAAGAACUCAUAUAAUAAAUUCAAUAAAUAAUAAGAUGAAAGACAUAGUUAUGGACACAGUGCCAGGAAAGUAUCUUUUUGGUGACAAUAUAUCAGAAAAGCUCAAGACAGCCCAGGGUAUUAAUAGAUCUGGGCAGAUUUUAAAGGUCAUACCAAAUAAAACACCCUUCUCUAAUUCAAACAAGAAUACAAUGACGGCUACACCUAGCAAUGUUAAGUCUUUAAACCAGAGGACCCCAUAUCGGAAAACAGCUGCACGUUCUUAUAUGGGGAAACAACGACUGCAGGAUCGUGCAGCACCAGCAACGGUGGCAACAAGCAGCCGCCAGCGACACUACCGCCGCAGCCCGCCGCCGCCGCCCCCUCGACGUCAGAGACAGCAGCGCUAUUGAACAGUAACGACAAGAAUUCAUCACAAUCUGCACAGUUCACUAGAACUGAUUGCCGUGAGAUUGUCAGGGAGACACUACUAGGACGACAACUUUCCCCAAGAUCUGUGGAUAUCAUGUUAGCAUCAUUGACGGAUAGUACAUAUAAGCAAUAUGAUGGCUGUAUUAGAUCAUGGAUUAAGUAUUGUGAGAUUAAUAACAUAUGCUAUCAUUCUGCAUCUAUUUCGGAAAUAAUACAUUACCUUAGUCAACUUUUUGAUCAGGGAGUACGGUAUGGCACUAUUAACUCUCAUAAAGCAGCAAUAAGUUUGUUAAUGGGAAAUCCCAUAGAUGAUAAUAGGAUAAAGAGAUUCAUGAAGGGAGUAUAUAGGUUACGACCUCCCACACCUAAAUAUGAUAUAGUUUGGGAACCUAAUAUCGUUUUAAAUUAUUUAAGCCAAUUCUGGCCCAACCAUACAUUAAGUUUAGAAGAUUUGUCAAAGAAAACAGUCACGCUUAUUGCUUUAGUAACGGCUCAUCGUGUCCAGACCAUCUCCCUUAUCAAAAUCAGUAAUGUGGUUAUAAACCAGGGUAGUGAAGUUAUUAUUAAAAUACCGGAUUUUAUAAAGACUUCUGGACUUAACAUAAAUCAACCUGUAUUAAAACUCCCUUUCUUCACUCCCCGGCCUGAGAUUUGUCCAGCGUUAAGCAUCAUUGCUUAUUUGAAUAAAACUGCACCUUUACGUGUAAAUAACCAAGAACGAUUAUUCUUAAGUUAUAAAAAACCUCAUCAGGAGGUUUCCUCCCAGACUAUAAGUCAUUGGAUAAAGUUUAUUUUGGGUAAAAGUGGCGUUGAUAUAUCGAUUUUCAGCGCGCAUAGCACUCGCCAUGCAUCUACUUCAUCUGCCAAUAGAAUUGGAGUCAGUAUUGAGGUAAUAAAAAAGACAGCUGGUUGGAGUGAACAAUCGGGAGUUUUUGCAAAAUUCUAUAAUAAGGAGAUUAUUAACGAUCAAAAUUCAUUUGCUCGAUCCAUUCUUACGAACAAUAAUAAUAAUUGUGACUAAAUUAAGUAAUCUGUUUGUAAUGUAGUUAUAAGAACUGAAA